AUGGAUAGUCAAAGCUCGACUGACAAAAGGUCAAGAUUCAGCUUCAGCAUCGACAGCAUCCUGAAGCGCGAGUCUCUGAGACUUCCUUCUUCAGCGUCGCUGGCGGGAGUGGACGACGCCACGCAAGACCCGCCGAAGAUAAGACCGGUUCCGCUAUGGCUGCUGACGGAAGAGGCAGCUGCUGACCCGCCGGGACCUGUUACAUCGCCGCCGUCAGCUUCCAGGGAGCCCCUGACUCUCCCUGAGGAACCUACGUCUUCAGCCAGUGUUUCCAGGGGCCCUCUGACUCUCCCUGAGGGACCUGCGUCUUCAGCCAGUGUUUCCAGGGGCCCUCUGACUCUCCCUGAGGGACCUACGUCUUCAGCCAGUGCUUCCAAGGAGCCCCUAACUCUCUCAGAGCAGGCUAAGUCUUCAGCCAGUGCUUCCAGGGGGCCCCUGACUCUUCCCGAGCGACCUAAGUUUUCAGUCACAACUUUCAGGGGGCCCCUGACUCUUCUUGAGCGACCUACUCCGUCAGCUAGUGGUCAUCAUCCCAUCGGCCACCGCAAUCAGCGGAUCUCGGCUCCGGAAAUCUCCACGACUCACGACCAAGGUGAGUUAGCUGGGUGGCCAGAGGCUUGUAGAUCACAUCCGUACUUUCCACGACUUGUCGCUACUGUCGGGACAGUAGUGGUUCCUGGCACCGUCACUCUCAGGCGCCACAAGCCCAAUAGGAAGCCACGGACUCCCUUCACCUCGGAACAACUGCUGACGCUGGAGAAGAAGUACCGUGAGAAGCAGUACCUAAGCAUCGCUGAGCGGGCAGAGUUCUCCGCCUCGCUCAACCUGACGGAGACGCAGGUCAAGAUUUGGUUCCAGAACCGCCGCGCCAAGGACAAGCGCCUGAAGGAAGCCGAACUGGAGCGACUGACAAGGCCUUUGUACCCGGCCUACGGCGGCCUCCUGCCCUUGGGAGGCCACCUGCCCUCCCUCCACCUACGUCAGCCUCUCGUCUCCCUCUUGGGGUAACAUUUGGAUAUAUCUCAGUAUCUUACACUGACUCAUGUAGAAGCGACACUCCCCUGUAAGUAGUUCUUAAUCAGUGGGUAUGUCAUGC